GCGGGGACAAAGACAGUAGCAGUGCCUGCAGUCAUGCCUGGACACAUCUCAUAUUUGACGCAUUACCCUGGUCUCCAAGCCCUAUCUGCCAUGCCAGCGCAAGCUUCUGCUGCCACCUACAGUCCUUUCCUAACAUCCUUGGCGUCCAUGACAAUGCCAGGAAACGGAGAUGCAACCUCAGUUAUGUCACAGCCACUGACACAUAACAUGAUCGCAACAAAAGCAAUUAGAGCAGACAAAUUUGAGCCAACAUCAGAUAGUGGUGACACAGUGACAUCUCAUUCCUCUUUGAUGGACACCUAUAGUUACCCUACUUUCUUUUCUCAGCACAGCACUAUACCUGGCAUGGUUCCAGCAUAUAAAAGAAUAGCUGUUGGGGAUUUCACUAAAGGUGGCUACCCUGUUUACCAGACCAAUCCUUUGAUGUCCCCACUCCAGCCUGCUUCCUUGAUGCAAUUACAACAGUUACAGCAAUUACAACAGCCGGCAUCCUACAUGCCAAUGACCUUUGCAGGAAAUCCUCAUAGUGUGCCAAGAUUUUAG